UAUGUACAGUUUAGCUCUAAACUUCUGCCCUGAAUGAGAAAUGACUUGUAGAAACUAAGAGUGACGCUGAACACGGAGCUGAUGACGGAGGGGGGACCGCACAGCCUCAUUUGCAUGUGAUGUGUUUAAAUCCGCUCCUCCGCUCCUCCCCCUCACAUCUCAUCUGAUCCACAGACACGAUGCCGGAACCAGCGAAGGCUCCAGCGCCCAAGAAGGGCUCCAAGAAGGCGGUGGCGAAGGCCCCCGGUAAGGGCGGAAAGAAGAGGAGGAAGUCCAGGAAGGAGAGCUACGCCAUCUACGUGUACAAGGUGCUGAAGCAGGUGCACCCCGACACCGGCAUCUCCUCCAAGGCCAUGGGCAUCAUGAACUCCUUCGUGAGCGACAUCUUUGAGCGCAUCGCCGGGGAGGCCUCCCGCCUGGCUCACUACAACAAGCGCUCCACCAUCACCUCCCGGGAGAUCCAGACCGCCGUCCGCCUGCUGCUGCCCGGGGAGCUGGCCAAGCACGCCGUGUCCGAGGGCACCAAGGCCGUGACCAAGUACACCAGCUCCAAGUGAACUGCGGGGACCCGCUUCCACCCAACGGCUCUUUUAAGAGCCACCCACCGGCUGCCUGGAGACAAACGGUCCUGGUGCUUCCGUGUUCAUAUUAGAAACGUUUCAAUGAUCCAGAAACUUUAGUUAAAUGUUCCUCAUGUGUUUCGAGGUGAAUGAUGCUUUAGAGAAGUUCACUGGUAUCUCAACAAUUUUCUACAUUCAUGUUAAACAUCAGAAAUGAAUUAGUUUCUAAUUUAAUCUAUUGUAGCAGUAAACCACUGAUCAUAUUUAUACAUAGACCAGUUUCCUCUAGUAUAUGAUUUCAUGUUUUGAAUCUUGUGUCCACCACUCCAUGAUCCACAUCUGUCACAGAUGUUCAAUCAAUAUGAAAUUAGUUUAAUGUUUCAUUCUGUAAACAAAAUAAUUCAAACUUCAAAAUACAUACAUGAGUUGAUGGAUUUAGACGCUGACUACAGAACUGCUCAUUCAUUCUGAAGCUCCAGGAUCAGUGGGAAUAUUUUAACAUUAUAGAAUUCUAUAUUCUUGGUAUGAAAAAUUGUGAUUUGAUUUGUUGUGAAAGCUGAUCCACUGUGGAACCAAUGAUAGAUUUAGAUUCAGUACCAUAUUAACCAUCGUGUAGACGUGACCUCAGGUUUCAUAACUCAUUCGUUUCUCAUUCUGUAUAUUUUACAGUUUGUUUUGCACCAAACAGUAUUUGACUGUGAUAAUAAAAGACUUAUGUGGUAAA